AUGGAGGCGGGUUUGAGGAAAACAGCACAGGAGAGUUAUCAGAGUUUAUUUCAAGAUCUUGUGUCUGUAAAAAAGGAUUUGCUGAACUCUCGAAAUGCGUAUGCCGAGUUGGAGGACUCUAUUGCUGAUGGUGCCGAGGAGGCUUGGAGGAUUUUCAAGGAGCAGGUCGGAGUUAUUGCUCCUGACUUGGAUCUUUCUCCUUUAGAUUCAGACAAAGUCGUCAUUGAUGGUGCUAUUGUGGAUCCUCCUGCCACCUUAAUCGUUUCUGAGUCAGAAUUGAAGACUCGGGGGCAGAGGAUUAUUGAGUUCCCUCCUCGUUCCAAGGACGCUUCGAGUUCUUCUGUUGUUCCUCCGACUUCCUCUUCAUCUCCCGUGGUUGCCUCUCUUCCCGGUCCUGGUGGCGCUCUUCCUGACUCUGGUGGUGGUGAUCCGUACGAAAGCAUUGCUGCUCAUAUCUGGAGGUGUGCAUGCAAGGCACGCCACGUGGAUCACAACCAACCCACAGUGGUCCUCACCGUCGCCGGCGUCCGAAACAGGCUAAAGCCACCUCUCCCUCUAAACUAUUUCGGUAACGCGACGCACCCAACCGUGACACCCACAUGCCUCAGUGGGGAUAUUGCUUCAAAGCCACUAAGAUAUGGUGCCCAAAAGAUAAGAGAAGCGAUCGAGUUGCUGACAGAUGAGUACCUGAGAUCAGUCUUUGAGUUCAUUGGGAGGCAGGAGCAUGUAGGGUGGCUGAGGCCAAAGCUUAACAGUGAACCACCAUUUCUUGGGAAUCCAAACCUCAACAUUUGGAGUUGGAUGAGUAACAUGCCUACCUAUGGACCUGAUUUUGGAUGGGGAAGGCCGCUGUAUAUGGGACCCUGUGAGGUCAUCGGAGACGGCAGGGCGUUUAUCAUGCCAGCUCCUACCGGAGAUGGGACUCUUUCCAUUGUCAUUCGCUUGCAGACUCCUCAUCUUCAACCAUUCCAGAAGUUCUUCUACGAGGACAUAUAG